AUGAAGAAUCUGAUUGUAUUAAUAACAUUAUUGGUAGUCUGCGUUGUCUGUGUUCAUGGUGCUACGUAUUGCUACUUUUGUGCGAAUUGUCCUAAUCCAUUCACCCCAAACUCACCAUAUGUUUCAAUCGUUACAACAAAUACAGGAUUUUGUGCUAAAAAAAGUUAUUCAUCUGAUCCAAAUGCUCCAAAUAGUCGUGGUGCUGCUGAACCUGGCCUUUGUGUCGUUAAUGAAUCAAUUAAUAAUGAAUUAGAAAAUUUUAAAGCACUUUCAUUAUCUGAAAGUGAAAAUGAAUCAAUAAUAGAUUCAAAUUAUUUAACAAUAACACCUAAUACAACAUUUCCAUCAAUUGAACAUUCAUUAUCAAUAAAAGGUCCAUGUGAAGAUGAUUUUGAAAUAAUUAAAUUAAUAUCAAAUGGUGCAUAUGGUGCUGUUCAUUUAGUAAAACAUCGUCAAACACAAGAACGUUAUGCUAUGAAAAAAGUUUCAAAAACAAAUUUAAUUUUACGUAAUCAAGUUGAACAAGUUUUUGUUGAACGUGAUAUAAUGACAUUUACAGAUAAUCCAUUUGUUGUUGCACUUAUAUGUACAUUUGAAACAAAAAAUCAUUUAUGUAUUGUUAUGGAAUAUGUUGAAGGUGGUGAUGCUGCAACAUUAUUAAAAAAUAUUGGUGGACCAUUAAAUAUUGAUAUAGCACGAAUGUAUUUUGCUGAAACAACAUUAGCUGUUGAAUAUUUACAUUCAUAUGGAAUUAUUCAUCGUGAUCUUAAACCUGAUAAUCUUUUAAUAACAUCAAUUGGUCAUAUAAAAUUAACUGAUUUUGGUCUAUCAAAAAUUGGUUUAAUGUCAUUAACAACAAAUUUUUAUGAAAAACUUCUUGAUAAAGAAACAAAAACAUUUAAUGAUAAACAAAUAUGUGGUACACCAUCAUAUAUAGCACCUGAAGUUAUUUUACGACAAGGUUAUGGUAAACCUGUUGAUUGGUGGAGUAUGGGAAUAAUGUUAUAUGAAUUUUUAGUUGGUAUACCACCAUUUACAGGUAAUACACCAGAUGAAUUAUUUGUAAAUGUUAUUAAUGGACAAAUUGAUUGGGAACCAUUAAUAUCUGAUAUUAAUGAAAAUUCAUCAGAUGAAAUUAUUUGUUGUGAUGCAAAAAAUUUAAUUGAACAAUUACUUCAACAUGAUCCAUCAAAACGUUUAUGUACAUUAGGUGGUGCAUAUGAAAUUCGUUCACAUUCAUUUUGUUCAUCAAUUAAUUGGAAUACAUUAUUAUGUGAAAAAGCUGAUUUUGUACCUGUUUUAGAAUCACCUGAUGAUACAUCAUAUUUUGAUACAAGACAAGAUCGUUAUAAACAUUUUGAUGAUGAUAAUAAUGAUGAUGAUGAUAAUUUAUCAACAACAACAACAAAUGAUUCUGAUUCAUUAUUUGCAUCAUUUUCAUCUGUUUCAUUAAAAUAUGUUUCAGAAUUAGCGGGAAAUUCUAAACAACGUUAUUCACCUAAACAAGAUAAUAAUGAUUUAAUAUUAACUAAAAAUGUAUUAAGAGCAAAUUCAUGUACAGAUUCAUUUAGUUCAAAUAAUAGUAUUCAAAUUGAUUCAACAAAUAAUUUUCAAUCACUUCUUAUGAGUAAAUCAAUGACAAAUGAGAAAGUUGAAUCACCUACAAAUCAAACAACAUUUAGUUCGGAUACAUUCGAACCAUUAAAUGUAUCAUCGGAUGAAUCUGAAUCUUCAUCAAAGAUACUUAAUUUAUCUUCAUCUUCUCUUCCAUCAUCUGAAAAGAUGAAAAAUAUAGAUGAGAAGAAAACAACAACAACAACAACAACAACAACAUUAACAAAAUCUUAUAAACAACGAAAAAGUUCAUUAAAAGUACUUGAAAAACAAAAUUCAUUUGAUAGUGGUGAUGAUAAUCAACAAGAAAAAAUUUCAUAUCGUCAACAUAAAAAAAGUCGAAUACCUCGAAUAUUAUCACCAAUUAAAUCUCAACAAACAAAUUUAAUAACACCAAUUGUAUCAAUAUCCAAUGAAAAUUUUCAAUAUUCAUCAUCAUCUUAUAAACCAACAAAAUAUAAUAAUCAACAACAAAAAUCUACUUAUCCACGAUCACUUUCAAAAUCAUUUUCAUCAUCAUCAUCAUCAGCAGCAUCAUCACCAUCACCAAUUUUAUAUUAUAAUCAGGAUGAUCGUUCAUAUCGUCAAAAUUAUCGUCAUAAAAUGACUGUUUCUCCACUUGAACGUGAUACAACUCUUAAAAUUGAAAAACAAUCUUCAAAAUUUUCACCAAUACAUUCAAUAACAAAUAGUCUUCGACCACCAAUUAUAAUACGUCGUGAUUCACGUAGUUUUGGUUUUACAUUACGUGCUGUUAAAGUUUUUCAUGGUAAUACAGAUUAUUAUACAACACAACAUGUUGUUAUUGCUGUACAAGGACCAGCUGAAGAAGCUGGUUUAAAACCAAAUGAUGUUAUAACACAUGUUAAUGAACAUCCAGUUUCUGGUUUAUGUCAUUCGGAUGUUAUUAAAUUAAUUCUUAGUGAAUCAGAUAAAUUAUCUAUACGUGCUGUACCUUGUUCAGAAACACAAAUACGUAUUGGUGGUAGACGUCGUUCACCAUCAAAACAAAAAAAUCGUUAUCAACAACAACAACAAACAGAUAGAAAAAUUUCUACAACAUAUAAUGAUAAUCAAUCAUAUUGUUUAAAAUAUCGAAUGAAUUCAUUUGGAAAUAAUAAUAAUAAUAAUAAUAAUAAUAAUACAUUAAAUAAUUCAAAUAAAAAACAUCAACGUAAUACAUCUUUAUUUCGACGUUUAAGUGAAAGAAAAGUAGCUCGUGAUAUUGAAGCAGCAGCUGCUGCUGCUGCUGCUGCAAAUGUUUCAUUAAUUGUUCCAACAAAAUGUAUAAAUACAAAUAAUAAUAAUACAUUGACGGCAACAACAACAACAAAUACAGAUGUUCUUUCAUCUUCAUUACCAUUACUUUCAUUUAAUCAAUUAAUAAAUGAUAAUAAUAAUGAAUGUUCUUUAUCAUCACAUCAUCAAUGUGAUCCUUCACAAUGGUCAUCAUCAAAGCCAUCAACAUUAUUGACUAAUGAUUUAGAUUCAUCUCAAUCGACUUCAUUACCAUCUAUUACUAAACAACGAUCUUUAACUUCAAAUUCAUCUUCGAUCAAACGUGCAUCUACAUUUGACGAACCUAUUCAUCAUUCUCUUUGUAAAACUAUAUCUGAACCAUCUCGUUCACCUCAUCAUAAUAGUACAAAUAACAAUCAAAUGCAAUAUUUGUCACGACAAAAUUAUCAUGAUCAAAAUUAUUUCUAUACACCAAUGAUUUCAUCACAUAAGAAAAAACUUCAACGUCAAAAUUCCAUUUAUAUUCCUCCAUCACCAAGAUCAUUACAAUCAACAUUUACAUGGGAAAAUAAUCUCAAUCGAAAUAUUCAAUCAUAUUAUGAUGAUCCAUUAACACGUUCAUUAUCAACGGAAUCAUCAACAAGUUCAACAUCGACAUCUAAUAAUGUCGAUAAUGAUUAUUCAAAUCCGGUUUUUGUUUCUACAAAAUAUUUCUAUCGACGAAAAUAA